AACGGUUUGGUGACACGCAAACACUGGUUUCCAAAAACUGAUUUCAAUUUUCUGAAGCUUUUAAUGUUUUGUCUAAUUUGGAAUUACUUAAAUUGCUUAUUUGUUCAGAAAGUGCACAUAUAAUCAAUUAAUUCUAAUCGCCUUCUAUUAUUGAUCUUGCACUUCAUUCCCACUGUGUCCAUAUAUUUAUUUAUGUCUCCCAACUGUCUGACACUGACUUGACCGCGCGUCUUUGGCUAAGCUCCUAGUGUCUUCGUGGCGCUUAAACUAGUUUUUGCCUUUUUGCGUUUUUCUACCGUUUCGCCGGCUGUUCGGUUUAAAUUUUUCGGCAGAUGGGUUUCCCCGGGAAGGGUGAUCAGUUCAAAAUCAAGUGGAUACUUUCGACUAACAGUGCCGACUAAAAAACUCAUCACAUCGUUCACAUAAAGCCCGCCGAACUUUGAGUUCAUUUCCCGUACAGUCAACGCUGUAGCAGUUUGGAAUUCGAAGAUGAGAAAUGCCUGACAUAGUAAUUUAUUUUUCAUGUCAUGUGUUCUGUCUGGCAGCAGCGUAGAUGCAUGUGCUUAGGGGAGAAGCUAUUUCCCGACCACGGGUAAGGAAUCUUGUGUGUGUGUGACGGUCGAUCGACUUGAGGCAACACAUCUGUUUGGAAAAUUUCAGCAUGAUAGGUUUCAAAUAGAGGAGCUCGGCACUCUGCUGUUCUGAUCGAGAUUUUAACGAGAUUUGCAACGUUCGACAGCGGUCUGCUCAGUCUUGAUGUAGCGUUUAGCUCGUUUGAAAGCGCCAAUUAAGUGGGUUAAGUAAUUCGAAAAAAUGGUGAUCAGUGACGAAAAGGUUUUGCUAUUUUUGUAUUCCAUUUUAGUUUCAUUUAUUGUGGCCAAUGCCUACAGAUAUCAUUACGAAGUUUAUGAUACUAUGAUGGGUACCUGUCGUGAGAACGACGUGUGCAACAUAGUUCACCAUCGUUAUUGGAUGCCAAGUGCAGUGGAGAAGAUCUGUCGCUGCCCUCUGAAUACUCCGAGCUGUCCGGUGACCUACAGUCACCAUGGCCACAUCAUGAACAUUAACACUCGAACGCAGAUGAAGUUUUGUUCGUCAACGAAGCAUUUGGAGCGUUGUCAAUCGAAUCAAAUUGCCCUUCAGAAAAAGACUCUUUACCAGAAAUAUGGCAUCAAAAAUGUUUCAAUAGUGGCACGUUGCCAAUGUGAUAAUACCCAGCAGCAUUGGGUUUUCGUGAACCAAACCGGUGAAGAUAUCAAUGACGAGAGGCAUCAGUUGACGGUUGUAGAUAAUUACCGUUGCGUGGCUCUGGACAGAUGCAAACCGUACGAUUUUUGUGGAUACGCCCGACCCGACUACGGAUUUGUCUUCCACCGUUGCACUUGCCCGAUGUCACACCAGUGCAAAUUCGAUUUGGAUGACUACGAACCAUCGGAAAUCAGUGAACUAUUCUACCGAGGACCAGCAUAUCGCGCUAAAUGCGUGCCAAUUUAUGACCACGAGUGGUGGUGAUUUGAAUGAUUGCAUCCAACAAAUAAAUCUAUCCAGGUGUGUUUCACUUACCUGUUGUGAAAGAGAG